AUGCCAAGGGGUGUGCCUAGGAGGGAAAGGCGGUUUGGUGUGCAGUAUAUCAGGGAUAACAGAGAGCGUGAUAUCACCUUCUACAAGCGCCGUGGCGGUCUCUUCAAGAGCGCUGCUGACCUCUCCGUCCUCACAGGCGCGAGGGUUGCUGUCAUUCUGGAGACUCCAGAAAAUGGAAAAAUGCACUCAUUUGGAACUCCGUUGGCUGAGCGUAUUGUUGAUGCUUUUUUGUCAGGAGUUCCACCAAUUGGACCGCUGACCGACCAGGCAACGAGUGCCAGGAUCGCAUUCCUGCAGAGCGAGUUGGCUCGUUUGGACAUGGAGAACACGGUGGAGGAGAAAAAAACAAAACUCUCCACCCAGGUUAUCAAGGAGAUCCAAGAUGAGAACCCGGGCAUGGUGGCAAACCUUCUCUUCUCCAGGCAAGAAGAUCUCUGUCUUGCAGAUCUGAUCAGGUUGUUCAAUGAAUUCUCUCGCGUCCAGCAAAACAUUGCUCGCCGUGUACCUCCAUUGCAUCGUGUUCCUGGACAGAAUGGAGCAAGCAUGUCAACAAUUCAUCCACCGCCACGAGUUCCAUCAUGGGGUCCUUUGCCACCGCAGUCAUCAUCACCCGAUAUACUUCGGCAGCAACCAUUGUGUCCUGCAGCUGCGAUACCAUUGGCGCCACAACAUAUGAUGGCACCAAAUUUUCCUGUGCAGGUACCAGAAAUAUUGCAGCCCACGCUGCCCGCUAUGUCGCAACAGAUUCCUAAUCUGUUACAAGAUCUACCUUCAGCAUUCCAGUCUCGUCUUCAGAACUACACAAGUCGUAUCAACACAGUGGAGCCACCCCAGAACAACGCAGUUCCUAACUCCACCUUCGAGCACAGUGAGUUGGCUUCACCAUUGUUGGUCUACACUGGUGGUAAUAACUUUGAUAUCGAUGACCCGUUUGGAAAUGAACACUGGCGUUUUACUCUCUCUGAUCAGCCGCAAGUCAGUAGUUUUCUAGAGAUGGCUGGUACUGAUGUAGGCCAAGCUGAGAUGGGAAAUGGUGGAUGGGUCAAUGAGCCACCAGAACCUUCUUCCGGCAGGGGAGAUGUUAAUUAA